CAUCAGUGAUCCCACCUCCGACCUGUGCAGUCGGCCACAUUCCUAUUACCGCCCGCAUGGUGGAACACGCCAGAGGAUGCGGUGCAUAAACAGAACUAUACGGGAAGUCCUUGUCGAGCCAGCGGGGCGGGGGAAGUCGUUGUGUCACUCGACGUGGGCGCUUCGCUUCCGGUGAAAAAGUUACAAAAGGACUGAUGUGACGAAUCCAACUUGUCUGUGGUGCAACACCGAGCCCAGUAGAGUUCGGCGCCGCGUUGUUGAUAGAAGCUCAGGUCAACUACAGCCUCAGGUCGUGAAGACUUGAGACGUUUAGAAGCCUGACGCGUGGAGGUCGUCUGUGCACCACUACUCGCCUCCUGAAGCGUACAUUUCGUACAGGACUGAGCUGCGCUGCGUUUAGCAAAUCGAGAAGGCGGCUUGGGACUUCAGGAUUCAAUCUGCUCAUGUUGAAUCGUCAACAUCAGUUUCUGUGAUCAGCAGAGUUCAAAGGAAAGAUGAUACAACCUAUCUUAGCCAUUCCUCUCCUAACUGUGCUGAUGGCACAUGGGGGCCAGGCUACCUACCCACACAGAGGUGCAGUGCAGGGGUCUGCAUCAGACAGAAACACCUGCUACUCGACACGAGGCCCUCUAUCUUACGAACCAUCGCGACAAAUCUGCUGUGCGGAUGGAGUGUACGAGGGUGCAGAAGCUGAUCAUGUUUGUAAGAUUUGUGAGACAACCAUGUUUGCCAUUCGGAAGAGCAGCCGGCCCUGGCGCUGCUGCGGCCGGAACAAUGACCAGCCCUAUAAUCCAGAGACCAGUCACUGCUGCUUCGGACAGGUCAAGGAUGGGCCAGAGGACACUACCAGCUGUUUCCGUUGCUCGGCCGAUAGUGUCAUGUCCAUUCCAAGGGAUGAGUCCAAGUCCUACAUGUGCUGCGGUGACCAGCCGUACAACACAUUACGGGAGCACUGCUGUGCAGGCAGGCUGAAUAAUGGUCCGGAGAGUGCCUACAUCUGUCAAUCAUGCGGAGACAACAUGAUGAGCCGCCGCAGAGACCUGGCACCGCUCCGCUGCUGUGGAGUCAACAAUGAGAUUUCCUACGACCCAUCAACUCACCACUGUUGUGGAGGGUUUAACCAGCCCAAGUAUGGACCACAGCGGGACUACGUGUGUCAGAGGUGUGGUAACACCUAUUUCAGCAGACCAGCGACAGAUGGGUCCUGGAGGUGCUGUAAGGGUCGGCCUUACAACCCUGCAGAGCAGCACUGCUGUUUUGAUGGACUCCACUCUGGCUCCGAGGAACAAUUCACCUGCCAACGCUGUGGCAAUGAGGUUUUCAGCCGUCGGCGAGAUGAGCCUGAGUACUGGUGCUGUUCUCAUCCAAAGACGUCGGAGAUGACACCCUACAACCCACAAUCACAGACAUGCUGCAACGGACAGAUAUUCAGUGGUCCCGAUAACCAACAUUCCUGUCAAGUCUGUGGCUCCACCCCGUUUAUCAGACCAACUGUUGAUGAGCCAUGGCGGUGUUGUAACACUGUCACCCCAUACAGCCCGGAGAGGAACCACUGCUGCUUCGGUGAACUGAGGUCUGGGUCUGAAGAACAGAGCACUUGUGUGCGGUGUGGGAAAAAUCUUCACACUGUUCCUGUCAAUGGCCAGUCGUGGGGCUGCUGUGGGACGGAGCCCUUCAACCCUGAGCGGGAGGUGUGCUGCAAUGGACAGGUCUACCCUGGACUGGUCUGUGGCUAUGAGGCUCUGCCUGCGCCAGGUGCAGUUCUUGGACUGACUGCUGAGAGUGUGGAUAUGUACUCUGUUGGACUGAGGUGGUAUUCUCCCAGCAACACACAGGGUUUGUUUGGCUACAGGAUCUUCUAUCAAAGUGCCAGUGGUGGUCAAGAGAAUGUUGUGGACACCAGGAGUCUGGACACAUCAUACACCUUAUCUGGUCUGCAGCCAAAUUCACAGUAUAUCAUCCAGGUCUUGGCUUAUGGGAUAGCUGGAGAUGGACAACGCAGCAACACUCUCAGAGUUCAAACAGCACCUGAAACAGGAGGGUCCACCACCCCAGCCCAGUUUGUCCAAGCAAGGCCCCGUGAUAGUGACAGCGUUGAUUUGGAGUGGAAUGCUCCAGCGGGUAUAACUGCAGACAGAGUCCGUGGGUUCCGCAUCCUGUACAAGCAGACGACAGAGACGAACACUGCGUAUUUAGAUGUGGGCAGGCCUGUCACAGAUACCAGCUUCACACUGGGUGGGCUGGAACCUUACACGGACUAUGACAUUGUCAUUGUUACCAUUGAUGAUACAGGGGCAUCCUCACACAGCAUGCCUGUCAGAGUGCGCACUGCAGAGGGAACCCCUGGCCCUCCUGGGUCUCUCCAAAGAACUGCAGUCGGUUCCAACAGACUUCAGGUUGCCUGGGAGCCACCAGCAUCUGUCAAUGGCGUGCUAGAGGGAUAUCGUCUCUACUAUCAAGUUAGGGGAGAAGACAGCCCUAGAGUAGUGGAACUUGGACCUGAAAGCACCCGUUACACCCUUACUAGCCUGGAGAGCAACACACAAUACAUAGUCUGGGUGUCAGCCUUUACUGGUGCAGGGGAGGGACUGCGCAGUGGAAACAUUGCAGUCAGGACCAGUGGUGGAAUUCCUGGUCCUGUCAGGAGCCUGCGGGGGGAUCCUCUCAGUCCUACUAGCGUCCGUGUCCAGUGGGAAACCCCAACUUAUAAUGCUGAUGGUGUGCAGGGAUACAGACUCUACUACAUGCAAGUGGGUGGCAGAGAUAUCCCUGCCAUCACGUUGGAAGGAAAUCUCCAGUCCUACAUCCUGUCUGGACUUCAGCCAAACUCUGGCUAUGAAAUCUGGCUGGUGGCAUUUUCCCCAGCAGGCGAUGGCCAGGAGAGUCCACACAUCACAGUUAGGACAGGCAGUUCAGCGACUCCAGUUCAGCCUCAACUCCCUGGAACUCCUCAGGAUGUGAGAGUUUCUGCUGUGGACCCCUUCACCAUCCUGGUGCACUGGCAGCCUCCAACAUCAGGGGGAGACAUCUCCAACUACCUUGUGUACUACCAGGUUGCUGAUGAGAACAGGGCCUUCUCUGUGCAGUCUGGUGCCAAUGAGAGGUCCCAUCUGCUGGGUGGGUUACAGCCCGACACCCAGUACCUGAUAUGGAUCGUGGGCGUGUCUCCUGUAGGGGUGGGGCAGAGGAGCCCAGCUGUCCGUGUGCAGACACAAGAUGUAGACGUUUUACCAGAUGCCCCGCGGGGACUGGAGGUGACUCCAAUUGGCCCCACCAUGAUCAGGGUCCAGUGGGUCCCUCCUGGGGGUGGUGGGACAGUUUCAGGCUACAGGAUAUACUACCAGGCACCAGGACAGCCAUCAUCAUCCUUGGAGGCAGAUGCAAGUGAAAGGACCAGGAUCAUUGGACAACUGUUGCCCAAUACUGAGUACACUGUGUGGCUUCUGGCCUUCAAUGAAGCAGGAGAUGGGUCAGAGACUCAGCGGUUUAUAGUCCGCACAACUGCUGCUGUGCCAGGCUUCGUGCCUCGCAUCAAUGUGACAGCUAUAGAUGAUACAACCCUGUGGGUGUCGUGGCAGGCUCCUGAAACGGGUGCACCUGUCAGGGGAUACAGGAUCUACUACCAGGCUGUGGGUGGAGAUCAGAUGACGUCCCAAGUGGAGACAGGGCCUCUGGAACAGAGUCAGGCAGUGUCGGGUCUGGAGCCUGGGAUUGAGUAUAUCAUAUGGAUUGUUGCCUUCUCCAACCAAGGAGACAGUGAGGACAGCCCCAGGGUCCGCAUCAGGACUGGUGCUCGAGUCCCAGACAGUGCGCAGAUCCUGCCCGAGAUCAGACCAGUAGCAGGUGUUCCUGGGAUCCCUCAGGACAUCCAGGGGACAUCCCUAUCCUCAUCCAGCAUCCAGGUGCAAUGGCAGGAACCUGCAACAAAUGCUGCACCCUCAGGCUACAGGGUUUACUACCAGGUUGUUGGGGAUGCCAUGAUAUCAUUCGAGGAAAGCGGAGCAGAGCGACGGAUCUUGAUCUUGGAGGACCUCCAACCUAACACUGACUAUAACAUCUGGGUUACUGCCUACUCACCAGCAGGGAUGGGGAAGAGGAGUGCUCGCACCACUGUACGCACCCUGCAAGAAACACCUCAACUGCCAGGAGUCCCUGAUGAUGUGAGAGUUGUCGAUGUUGGGCAAACAUCCAUCCAUGUGCAGUGGCAGAGGCCUCGGGCUGGGGGCAAAGUUACUGGAUACAGGAUAUACUACCAGCCUGAGAACCAAGUAUCUGCUACAGAAGAUGUGGUGAACCCCUCCACCCUGAGCUACAUCAUCCCAGGACUGCAGCCUGACAUGGAGUACACCAUCUGGGUGGUGGCUCUGUCCAGCCUGGGGAUGGGACUCAGGAGCCCGCUGGUCACAGUACGCACUGAACCAACUGAUGGUGGGGUUGACUAUCCCCCCGAGGUGCCUGGGAUGCCGGAGGAUGUCACAGCCUAUGCCACAAGUGCAGUUUCCAUCAGGGUGGAGUGGCAGACUCCUGCUCUGGAGGACAGAGUCAGCGGCUACAGGAUCCGCUACCAGGCUGAAGGAGACCCAGCUAUUUCCACCAUAGAAGUGGACCGAGAAGAGCGUUCCUACGACAUCAUGGCCCUGACACCUGAAACUGACUACACUGUGUGGGUGGUGGCCUUCUCUCCUGAUGGGAUGGGACUUCGUAGUCCUAAAGUCCAUGCAAGGACUCCAGAGGAUGGUCCCUGCGAUUGUGAUUACGUCCUAGAUGUUGAUGCCGAUAAGAUAAAGGAACUGUAUGCAGACAAAGAUGAGGACACAGAGGAGGAAACCAGUACUGUACAGCCUGGCAAUCAGGCCUCGCCAGGGGCUGGGUCAGACACAGUACCUGCCCUCCCGGGAUCUCCUGCCAGGAUCCAGGCCAGGCCUACAGACAUGGCGACUGUGCUUGUGGAGUGGGGACAGCCCACUUCAGCCGGCCGUGUGGAUGGCUACAGGAUAUAUUACCAGGCAAUUAACGAUCCCCAGGUGGCAUCCAUUGAUGUUGGUCCCCAGACUCUGUCUCAGUCAGUUGGAGGUUUAGAAUCAGGCACAGAGUAUACCUUCUGGGUCCAGGCUGUCAAUGCUGCAGGCCUUGGGUACAGGAGUCCUGUUGUUACAGCCAUUACUGAUGCACCAGCUCCAUCCUUACCAGGAUUGCCACAGAAUGUCCAAGCUACAGCCUUGAGUCCUACAACUAUACUGGUGGAGUGGGAGGCACCAUCUCUUGGAGGGGUUGUGCAGGGUUACAUGGUUUAUCAUCAGUCCAGGGAAGGAGGGACGACGUUGAGAGAAGUGGGUCCAAGUGUGAACUCCCUGAUCCUGUCCGACCUGCGCCCUGAAACCAGGUACUCUAUCUGGGUGGUGGCUCACUCGGACGCAGGGAUGGGCCUGAGGAGCAGUAUGAAGACUCUACAGACUCCUUCAGAAGGCCCCAGGCUCCCUGGACGCCCAAUGAAUGUCCUGGCAACAGCACUGGAUGCCAGAAGUAUUCUGGUGGAGUGGCAACAACCAACGUUUGGUGGACCGCUGGACCAGUAUAGGAUCUACUAUGAGAAGUCCCCCGACCAGACCACGUCCAUGGUGGAGGUGGGCCCCGGAACUGUGUCCUACACCCUGAUGGACCUGCUGCCUGACACAGAGUACAGUAUUUGGGUGGUCGGGCUGUCCAAUGUAGGAAUGGGAGAAAGGAGCCCCAUCAUCGCCGUUACCACCCUGGAAGAGGCACCAAGGCUUCCUGAUACACUGAGUAAUGUUCGAGUCAGCCCAGCAGGACCGACCAGCAUCACUGUGGAGUGGGAGGCUCCUACUGAAGCUGAUGUACAGGGUUAUGAGAUAUACUAUCAGACGGACAAUCUGCCUGCGACAUCUGUGGAGAUGGGUCCUGAUGACAGGUACUACACCAUCUCAGACCUGCUGCCUGACCAGGAGUAUACUGUGUGGCUGGUGGCCUUAACUUUCACAGGCAGGAGAGUCAGCAGUCAGACAUUCACCAUUCAAACUGAACCACAAGCCCUACCAGGCGUUCCUCAGAAUGUGCGUGCCUUCCCAACGGGCCCAACAUCCAUUGUUGUGCAGUGGCAGCUGCCAACUACAGGACCAGAUGUACAAGGUUACCGCAUCUACUAUCAGGCACAACAUGGUCAUGUGUCAUCAGUGGAGGUGGGUCCAGAUACAGCCUUCUACACGGUGACUGACCUGAUGCCCGACACAGAGUACAUGGUGUGGGUCAUCGCCUUCUCAGCUGCAGGGAUGGGAGACAGGAGUGGGUCUCUUUCUGUGCGAACAGAGGAAGAAGCUCCAAAAGUGCCUGGUGCCCCCGACAGUGUCCGUUUGACCCCAAGUGGCCCCACCUCCAUCACAGUGGAGUGGGAGGCUCCCACAACAGGUGCAGAUGUGGAGGGAUACAAUGUAUACUAUCAGCCCGAGGAUGGCAGUACCAGGACAGCUCAGGUAGAACCCAGUGACAUGCCCAGCUACACCAUCACGGGGUUGAACCCAAACACACGCUACACUGUGUGGGUCAUUGCCUUCUCGUCUGAGGGCUUGGGUCAGAGGAGCCAGAUGGUCAAUUUGAUGACAGAGGAUCAAGCUCCUGCAACCCCUGGUGCCCCCGGCAGUGUCCGUUUGACCCCAAGUGGCCCCACCUCCAUCACAGUGGAGUGGGAGACUCCCUCAACAGGUGGAGAUGUGGAGUAUUACGUCAUCUAUUACCAGGCUGAGAAUGAACCUACCAUGAGAGUACAAGUGAGUCCCAGUGACAUUCCCUACACCAUCAGGGACCUGCUGCCUGACACCCAGUACACCAUCUGGAUUGUGGCCUUCUCUACUGAAGGAAUGGGAGAGAGAAGCCCUGCUCUUACUGUCAGCACACAAGAAGAAGCUCCUGCAACCCCUGGUGCCCCCGGCAGUGUCCGUUUGACCCCAAGUGGCCCCACCUCCAUCACAGUGGAGUGGGAGACUCCCUCAACAGGUGGAGAUGUGGAGUAUUACGUCAUCUAUUACCAGGCUGAGAAUGAACCUACCAUGAGAGUACAAGUGAGUCCCAGUGACAUUCCCUACACCAUCAGGGACCUGCUGCCUGACACCCAGUACACCAUCUGGAUUGUGGCCUUCUCUACUGAAGGAAUGGGAGAGAGAAGCCCUGCUCUUUCUGUCAGCACACAAGAAGCUCCUGCAACCCCUGGUGCCCCCGGCAGUGUCCGUUUGACCCCAAGUGGCCCCACCUCCAUCACAGUGGAGUGGGAGACUCCCUCGACAGGUGGAGAUGUGGAGUAUUACGUCAUCUAUUACCAGGCUGAGAAUGAACCUACCAUGAGAGUACAAGUGAGUCCCAGUGACAUUCCCUACACCAUCAGGGACCUGCUGCCUGACACCCAGUACACCAUCUGGAUUGUGGCCUUCUCUACUGAAGGAAUGGGAGAGAGAAGCCCUGCUCUUUCUGUCAGCACACAAGAAGGUGAGGCUGAUGAAAUUUGA